AUGGUACAACUAUACGGCGGAGCAGCACUGGCAGACAUCGCCAUCUCUCCCUCCCAGGCACUCGUGGACGUGUCGCGCAUCAGACAGGUUCCAGACACCCAGGAGGUGUUCAUCAUCGAAGACCAGUCACUGACAUCCAACACUUCCAAGUGGGACCAGUCGGUCAUUUUCGACUUGUUGGAACGGGUGGAACUGGACGAGUACGACGCAGCCAUUGGCAUGCACCUCGAAGACAUCGCUGAAGGCGCCACCAACCACUUUGUGGAGGCGGUGGCCACCAAAACAGGCGAGCCAGCCCAUUUGAGCUACUUUUGUGUGGAGAACCCUCGCAGAGACAGGAGGGAACCGGACCUGCCUGGGGCAGUGGUGACGAUGGUGGCGUUGAUCCGGUUGGCCAGGGUGGCUACAGACGUGUUGAUCACCAUGAACGUGCCAGUGGCUAGCGAGGCCGCGAUGGGCGCGGUGGCGGAAUCAGAAGCCUACAAGAAGUUUCGGGAUAUUAGCGGUUCGUAUACAAUUCAUGAUUGGGAGUUGUUUGGCUAG